AUGGAAACAGAAGUCAAAAAUCAAAACACUGAUGACUCGUUUUCAAAAAAAGAUAUCUGGACAAAUUUUUCACAGACAACAGGAUUUCAUGGACUAAAUAAGAUCACUUUUGAGAGAAAUAACCCAAGACAGAUCAUUAGAAGUAUUUGUUGGAUAACAGUUUGGCUCAUAUGCGCAAUAUUCCUGGUUUAUACAGUUGUUGUGGAACUGGAGAAUUACUACAGCUACCCAACAAUUUCAAAUACCUAUAUUCAACUUCAAGAAAAAUUACCAUUUCCUGCCAUAACCAUAUGCAACUUGAGUCCGCGUUCAAAUCAAGUUCCUAAAACGGAUGACAAAACUAAUAACCUUUAUAUGACUACAAGUGCGUUACAUAUGUAUAGCAAUGAUAUUAGCUGGGACGACCCAUUCUAUGCAAAGGAGGGAUAUUUUGAAGCAACUACAAAAGAAGACCUUAUUACUCGCUCCAAAGAUGUAUGGCAAUUAGUUUUUGCUUCAGUAUUUGACAACAAAGGACUUCAAAUGAAGGAUAGUUUUGUAUCGGUGUACACUGAUAUGGGUCUAUGUUUGAGAUUUAAUGCGAAUGGUUCCCAAUACACAACUAUGUAUGGAGCAAUGUUUAACCUUCACUUGUACGUUGAUGUCAUGACAUUAUUCGACUAUUUCAGUUAUUCCUUUUCUUCUGGAGUAAAAGUAGCUGUCCAUGACCAUCAAGAAGAACCGAUCAUGACAAAUGAAGGACUUGUUAUUAAACCUGGCUUAGAAGCUUUCAUAGAAAUACGCAGGAAAGAUGUGUGGCACCUAAUGACCACAUACUAUAAGGAUACAUGUGAUUGUCCCCAAGGAUGCCAGCAUACAACAUAUAACUUCUCAUUCUCAACUGGAACAUAUCCAUCCGAAUUCUUUGCGCAUCAAAUUUCUGCAAUAACAGGUGUACCUGAAUGGUAUAUAAGGGCAAAUUAUGCAUUCAUUCGGAUUUAUUUCAAAGAUUUGUCUAUCACAAUGACUGAGCAGGUUGCGAAAUAUGAAAAUGCUGGAGACAUAUUUGCAAACCUAGGAGGACAACUAGGACUUUUUCUAGGAGCCAGUAUUUUGACCAUUACAGAACUUUUGGAGUUGAUCAUAUUUCUUAUUUGGUCUUUCAUACAUUGGGUUCAGAAAAAAAGAAGAGAUGAUCAAAGUAAAACACCUGUUGAAAAAUUUAAACCGACCAAAUAUUGAACUCAGUUAACAUCAUUCAAAUCAUAAAUUGUCUUUUUACAUUGGUUAAAAAUGCCCAUUUUUGCGCAGUUUGCCAAUAAUUGCAAAAUAAUCCAUGUC